AUGGCCGACAAGAAGAACGACGACUAUGUCGUGCCGAUGCCCGGGCAGAGCUAUGAGCUGAAGCGCGCCCCAAGCGCGGCCUCGUCGCAGCGCGCAACGAGCCAGCAUAGCGACAGGCCAUCUCAACCACCUGCGUCCGGCUUGUCCAACAGCCCCAGUGCCUCCAUCCUGGGAUACUGUUUAGCUUCCAUCUCGAUGACCGUUGUCAACAAGUACAUCGUGUCCGGGAGCGAGUGGAAUCUGAUGUUCUUGUAUCUGGCAAUUCAAUCAAUAGUGUGCAUCAUCGCGGUCCUGGCGUGUCAGGCGAUGGGGCUGCUCAAGCUGGAGCGUUUUGAUAUUGAGCAAGCAAAGAAGUGGUUUCCCAUCUCCGUUCUCUUGGUCGCCCAAAUUUAUACCGGCGGGAAGGCCUUACAGUUCCUCUCGGUGCCGGUGUUCACUAUCUUCAAAAACCUGACCAUUAUCGUAAUCGCCUACGGAGAGGUGCUCCUGUCUGGUGGUCGUGUCACGCCUCUUGUGCUCUUCUCGUUCGGGCUGAUGGUGUUCAGCUCCAUGGUCGCUGCCUGGGCAGACAUUAAAGCGGCCACGAGCCCGGAUACCCACCCUUCGGAGGCCUCGGACGCCCUAAAGACGCUGAACGCAGGGUACGCAUGGAUGUUCGCCAAUGUCUUCUGCUCGGCCGCGUACGUCCUCGGGAGAGGUCGGACGAUCAAGAAGCUGAAGACCAAGGACUGGGACACCACCUUCUACAACAACCUGCUGAGCAUCCCCGUCCUGAUUAUCGGGUCCCUCCUCGUCGAGGACUGGUCCUCGGCGAACCUCGCGAGGAACUUCCCCGAGGAGACGCGCCGCAGCCUCGUCGUCGGCAUGGUGUACUCGGGCCUCGGCGCCGUCGGCAUCUCGUACGCGAGCGCCUGGUGCCAGCGGGCGACGUCGUCGACGACCUACUCGAUGGUCGGCGCGCUCAACAAGCUCCCGAUCGCCAUCAGCGGCUUCGUCUUCUUCGACGCCCCCGUCACCCUCGGGGGCGUGUCCGCCAUCUUCAUCGGCUUCGUGAGCGGGAUCGUCUACGCCUGGGCCAAGAUCAGGGAGAAAGAGUUGGCCAAAAUGUCUCUGCCGACGGCGAAGUGA